GAGACAGACAAGCGCCAUGGGCAGAAGACCCUGGAAGUGUUCUCGUUACAUCAAGAACAAGCCCUACAUCAAGUCACGCUACUGCCGUGGUGUGCCAGAGGCUAAGAUCAAGAUUUUUGAUGUCGGCAAAAAGAGAGUUGGUGUUCACCAGUUCCCUGCCUGUGUGCACUUGCUCUCCCUUGAGAAGGAGCAGAUCUCUUCCGAGUCCCUCGAGGCAGCUCGUGUCAGUGCCAACAAGCACAUGAUCAACUCCGUCGGAAAGGAUAACUUCCACAUCCGCAUCCGUCUUCAUCCCUACAACAUCAUCCGUAUCAACAAGAUGCUUACCUGUGCAGGAGCAGAUCGUCUGCAGACUGGUAUGCGUGGUGCUUACGGAAAGCCCUCGGGCCUUUGCGCUCGUGUCAAGAUCAACCAGAUCAUGAUCUCCAUCCGUACCCAUCUCAAGGGAGAGGACGCCGCUGUUGAGGCUCUCCGCAAGGCCAAGUUCAAGUUCCCUGGUCGUCAGCUCGUGUACGUUUCUCGCAACUGGGGCUUCACCAAGUUCCCCAAGGAUGUCUACAUGCAGGGAAGUACUGGAGGCUUCGAUGAGGAGGGCAACCCCACUCCUCCUAGGAUUGAGUGGAGAGGUGCCGUCGGAAAGAUUCAGCCUGACGGUGUUGGCUGCAAGUUGAUUACCAAGAAGAGCGUUCGUCUUUCAAAGCUGGGAAUUUGGCACAAGUCCUCGGGUGACAACAAGGAGAAGCCCAACGAUGCUAUGCGCCUCAACUGGACCUAAGCUGGUUGACGUUUCUACGAGUUGCUACCUUAGAGUUUUGGAAUAUACCUCUCAAACUGUGCUUUGUC